UGAAAUGCAAUCAUAUGACAUACUUUUUUUUAAUGGUGUAGAAGAAACAGUAGACUCCUUAGCACACGAAUCUCAGAGACAAAAGAAAAAAGUAAAGGCUUGCGAUAUGAAAACUACAUGCAUCACAAUCUUGUUUUGGCCCCUCUCCAUGCUAUUGUUAUCAGACGACAGCCAGUCUUCUAGAACAGAAGUCAAAUAUAAUUUCACUGAAAUGAAUUAUUCGUUAAUUCCAGUGGAUAUCAAUAAAAAUAUUACUAUACUUGAUCUCAGUUAUAACCAAAUUUCUCUGAAUGUUACAGACACAAGGGUUCUACAGACCUAUUUUUUACUCACCGAACUCUAUUUGAUUGAGAACAAUAUCAUUAUGUUAUAUAAUAACAGCUUUGGUAACCUCUCCAAUCUAGAAAUUUUAAAUAUGUGUACAAACUCCAUCCACAUAAUUCAACAGGGUGCAUUCAUAGGCUUAAAUAAACUAAAACAGUUACAUCUCUGUCAAAACAAAAUAUUUCAACUGAAUCCUGAUACAUUUGUGCCUCUAAAAAACCUAAUACUUCUGAAUCUGCAAGGCAAUUUGAUAAGCUAUUUUGAUGUACCACGAAUGUUUCAUCUGGAAUUAAUAAUUUUAUAUGGAAAUCCAUGGAACUGCUCUUGUAGUCUACUGAAUUUGCAGAAAUGGUUGAACACCUCAAAUGUGACACUAGAAAAUGAGAACAUCACCACAUGUGCCUACCCAGAUAUCCUGAAACGCUAUAGUAUCACAACUGUACCAUACAAUGCUGAAUGCUACUCAAAAUUUUCUCCACCUAUAAAUGAAGAUCUUUAUAACCACUCUCAGUCCAUUAACAAUUCAACAUUUAACAGCUCUUUGAACAACUUAAAAAAUUCAGAACAUGAACUUCUUGGAAAAAGCUGGGCUUUUCUUCUCGGUGUGGUAGUCACUGUACUGAUGACUUCAUUCCUCAUUUUUAUUGCUAUCAAAUGCCCAAUAUGGUAUAAUUUUCUGCUUAGUUACAAUCAUCAUCGCCUGGAAGAGCAUGAAGCAGAAACCUAUGAAGAUGGUUUUACUGGAAAUUCAAGUUCUCUUUCACAGGACUCACAUACAAACUCUGAAGAAACUACAGUAAUAUUUGAACAACUACAUUCAUUUGUAAUAGACGAUGAUGGGUUUAUUGAAGACAAAUAUAUAGAUACUCAUGAAUUACGUGAAGAAAAUUAAUUCUCUUCAAUGUUUGAUUCUUUAAAUAUGUUAUUGGCUCACUCACAGUUUAGACAUAGAGAUUAGGCAUGUGACAUACCAAACUGUGGCUAGUAGUACUUUCAUAUUAAUUACAACACAUGAAUAUCAUAAAAUCAUGUUUUUCUCAUUGGUACUGAGCAAGUAUGUGCAAAUAUAGUAAACGACAUUAUCCGGUAGCUAACAGUUAAAACAGAAGCAUUACUUUUCUCAGCAGUAUUCAGGAGACCAUACAUCCUAAUAAGAAAAAGACCUAAAGUAAAUUAUUCAUUAAUUAAAAUUAAUUGAUUCUCA